GUUAUUUCCGUUCGAUCCUUGGGAGUCGGCAUCCGUCAGUCAGCGGCUUCGGGGCCGGCUGUUGGAGGGCGCUGUGAGGCGCGGGGCACCGCGAUGCUCCGCGGGCCCUAACAUGGGCACCAGUGGCUCCAAAGGCCGGGGGCUGUGGCCCUUCUCGGGGUCGGCGGCGGCCGCGGGGCCGGGAGGUAGCCCCGAACUCGCUGACGCGGCCCGAACCCAGCACGCCCUAGCCCGGUCUCGGGGCUUGCGCACCGCGCCACCCUUCGUAUUCACCCGUCGCGGUUCCAUGUAUUAUGAUGAAGAUGGUGACCUGGCCCACGAGUUCUAUGAGGAAACAAUUGUCACCAAGAAUGGGCGGAAGCGUGCCAAGCUGAGGCGGGUGCAGAAGAACCUGAUCCCUCAGGGCAUCGUGAGGCUAGAGCACCCUCGCCUCCACGUGGACUUCCCAGUGAUCAUCUGUGAGAUGUGAGCCCUGCAGCCCCUUCCUGCCCACACCCCAAGUCUGUUGGGGGGGGGGUGGGUAUGGACAUCUGGGUAGGAGGAGGGGCAGCAGGGCCAGAAAGAGGCCUUGGCUGGGAACACUGCCCACUUCUUCAGCAGGGCACCCCAGGCUGCUGAGUCUACACGUUCAAAGUGUGGCUCCGGAUGAGAGGUGCCUGGGUUAAAGCAGCAGCCCCAGAAUGAAUUCCACCUGACAGGGCCCCCUUGGUGGGCCAAGCUUUUUCAUCUGCAGACCAAGGGCUGGGGAAGCUGGGGCCCGGUUCUGUUCCUUCCACAGCACUGGCUGAUGUCAGUUUGAGGGAGGAUGGGGUGAAGGAUAUUUGGCUUGGUUCACUGGAGUGGGCUUUUUCUCCAGGAUCUGAGUGCCUGGGUGAAGGAAGGGGGUAAGAUACUCAGUUUCUCUUCCUGAACCCCAAAGCCCCACCCCAUCCUCCAGUAUCCAGAGGGGUGUCAGGAAAUAAAAGCUGGGUGACCGCUCAGGCCAGGAAUUUCAGGGUAUAAUUUCCUUCCUUCUGACCUCAAUCACCCCCUACCUCCCUUCCCCCUCCAGUCUCCUUGUAGCAUGUACCUCUCCCUCUGCCCAGCCUGGGGGAAGGGGCAGGAGAGGCCUGGGGCUUGGUCACUGUCAGGGAGACAAGGGGCCACAGCACUUUAUGAGCAGGGUCUCCUCUUUUCCUGGUCCUUCCCCUUGUGUCCCCAGGGGCUGUGGGGCUAGCCACGGGGAGCUUUGCUAUGCACAAGCACGACCCUCCUUUCUCCUUCCCCUCCCAUUUCUGAGCAUUUCAGCCGUUUGCUACCUCGAUUCCUUCCACCCCCGAGGGAGGCUGGUCUCAAUGAGUCUCACAACCACCCCAUACCUUGCCCCACUGCCCUUCUUGAUCCCAGCCCACAAUUAGCUCAGCCUGCUGGAACUGAAGGGGAUUAGAAGGCCCCCUAUCUGAGGUGGGUUUCACUUCCUACACUGUGAUCCUCCCCAAACCUCACCCCCCAUACACAUAGACAAUACACCUGGUCCCUGAGGGUAUGGUUGGAAACUGAAGGGGCAGUGGGGGAACCCUAGAAUUGGGAGAAAAACAUAAACCCUAAGGAUAUGGGGGAGAGGGCCCUUGCUCAACACCCCUGCUACACUGCCUGAAAAGCCUCUUUGGUUCUCACACCAGCCCUUUCUUGGGAGAAAGGGGGAGUUUCCACACACUACACUUGAUGUGUCCUUCAGGCCUAUGCCCAUCAGCUUUGGAGAGCACAUUCCCAACAAACCCCCCAGCUCGUUAAGGCAAUUCUGCCCACCUGGCAAACUUACCCAUAUCUCUAUAGUGACUUGGCCCCUCUCGUCUGGUACUGUGCUGGCCCAAUCCCCCCCCCCCAGCUGCCCACCUCCUACUGGUGGGCACGGGCAACUGGGCCCAACCUUCUGCUCUCCAGGGUCUGUCUGGGCAGGGGUGGGAUAAGGAGACCUCAGAAGGGAGACUUAAAAUGUGAAGGUUUGUAAAUAGUCUAUCUAUGUCCAUGGUAUUGUUGAAACAGAAAUUCAGUCUGUUUACUUUUUAGGAUUACUUUUUUAAAAUUCCUUUCUGUGCAAACUGUGCUUUUUUUUGUGUGAAUGUGACAGAGAGACAGUCUGGAGCAGAGGUGAUAAGAGGGGGAAGGGCUGGUGGCUCUUUCCCCCAGCCCAGGCUGGUGUGCCCUUUUGUUCGA